ACAUAUCUAGUGGCUGAUGUCAUACGUAUAUUCAACACGAGAGCAGCAGCAAAACAGCACCUACAAAAGUGGAGGAUACUGGUACAGACGCUUCACCACCUACUUCAUUUUAAAGUAACGUCCAUUCAUUUAUACAUUCAUACGGUCGGGCUGUCGGUCAGUUUGUCGGUCACCAUUAAUGUGUUUGCGCGAGCGCAAUCUAAAUAUGUGUUCGAAAGUAAAGAAAGCUGCUGUAGCAUUCAAAAUGCCAAAAAUUCGAUAACCUGCUCAAUUUAAUAUAAAGCUUCAAUUUGAAGUGGCAGCUGUUGUAUUCUCGAAGUUGGUAAUUACGUGGUUACCAUACAUAAGACACUCAUUCGUGAAUUUUCUUUGUUGUUUCAUAUUUCGCAGAAAGCACAGACUGCGCUGGGUGCAUUCGCACGGCCCCUGUACUGGAUUAACACGCUUCUCGGCGCCUACGCGGCAAUAGCCAUGACUAAAGAGACGGCGAGAGUGAUCGAUCUACGAAGAAAAAAUCCAGAAUUUCGGAAGCCUGACGUGCUACAAAGCCUGCUUGAUGCAGAGUAUCAAGAAGAGAGCUCUGAGACUGAGAACAGCACGUCAGCGAAGGGCAAAGGACCCGCGAACCUUCCCAAAAGUCGUGUGUUGACGAAGGAUGAAGUUCUUUUAAAUGCCUGCACACUGUUCCU